AUGGAGAAUGAAGGCGAUUUGAGAGCGACGGUACGGGAUGCAACGAUGAUGGUUAUUGGGGAGAAGGAACACCCACCAGGAGAUCCACCUGACUCUGUGGGGACGUGGGCGCAGAGGGCAGCUGGUGGUAGUGCAGGUGGGAGGGUCGUUCCAGAAUCGGUGUUAAAGGAGGAGUUUGUGGAGGCGAGGUUGAGUCUUGAGUUUCCGGAUGGAGAGGAUGGGGAACCGGUGUUCACAGUGGGAGAGGAGAACAUCUCCAUUGCCGCGAUGAGUCGAAGGUUGAAGGAGAUGUGGAAGCCUAAGGGGGCAAUGCAUGUGUUGGACUUGCCAAGGCAGUUCUUCAUGGCGCGUUUUGAGCAUGAGGAAGAAUAUCUGGAAGCUUUAACAGGUGGUCCGUGGAGAAUGUUUGGUAGUUAUUUGAUGGUGUGUGCAUGGUCUCCGGAGUUUGAUCCAGUUCGUCAUGAGAUUAUGACCACGCCUGUUUUGGUUCGAGUGUCUAAUAUUCCAGUGAUCUUUUAUCAUAAAAUGAUCUUGAUGGGGAUGGCUCAAGGUUUGGGGAGACCGCUUAAGGUGGACUUGAAUACGAUGAACAUUGAGUGUGCUAGAUUUGCCAGAAUAUGUGUGGAGGUGGAUCUAAGGAAGCCAUUAAAGGGGGCAAUAAUGAUUAAUGGAGAUCGGUACUUUGUUUCCUAUGAAGGCCUCAAUUCAAUUUGUUCGGGAUGUGGAGUUUAUGGUCAUCUCGUUCAUUCGUGUCCGCGACGUGCUCUGGAAAAAGAGGUAGUUCUAACGGCUCCAAGGGAGAUGGAAUUGCCGCAGGCUAACACAGGCGGCGGAUGGUUUUACGGAGGUGCGACGGAGGAGCAGAGGGUCGGUUCAAUCCUCUAA